GUUUGCGUCAAAAAGUUGCCAGUGAGGUGCCUUGUCUGCAAAUGUUCACAAGAGAGGGACAGACCUUGAGCUCUAAGCAAGACUCGAGUAUUUUGCAAGUCUAGCACAAGAUCCUCCUCCUGCUACCCCUUUGAUAAAGACCAACAGCCUUAGCCAAUCGUUUGAAGACCAUCUAAGAGAAAUUGAUUUAAAAGGAAGAUUGAGCCAAGGAGACCUAGACUGCCUCAACCAGUCACCACGAUUCCGGAUUGCUUUAGCGUUUGCUCUCCACGCCAAAACAUUAGCAUGAUGUCUUAUCUCAAGCAACCACCUUAUGCAGUCAAUGGACUGAGCCUAACCACCUCUGGGAUGGAUCUGUUACAUCCAUCCGUGGGAUAUCCUGCUACCCCCAGAAAGCAAAGAAGGGAGAGGACCACGUUCACCCGGGCACAGCUUGAUGUCCUUGAAGCACUUUUUGCCAAAACUCGUUAUCCUGACAUCUUCAUGAGAGAGGAGGUGGCUUUAAAGAUUAAUCUACCAGAGUCCCGAGUACAGGUUUGGUUCAAAAAUCGUCGAGCAAAAUGCCGCCAACAGCAGCAACAACAGCAAAAUGGAGGUCAGAACAAAGUCAGGCCUGCUAAGAAGAAGACCUCUCCAUCCAGAGAGGUCAGCUCAGAGAGUGGUACCAGUGGUCAGUUCACCCCUCCAUGCAGUACCUCUGUGCCAGUGAUCUCCAGUAGUACAGCUCCCGUGUCUAUCUGGAGCCCUGCCUCCAUCUCUCCUCUUUCUGAUCCUCUUUCAACAUCCUCCUCUUGUAUGCAGAGAUCCUAUCCCAUGACAUAUACCCAGGCUUCAGGCUACAGCCAAGGAUAUGCAGGAUCAACGUCUUACUUCGGUGGAAUGGACUGUGGAUCUUAUUUGACCCCUAUGCACCAUCAGCUCCCUGCACCUGGUGCUACACUUAGUCCAAUGGGCACCAAUGCAGUAACCAGCCACCUCAACCAGUCUCCAGCCUCAUUGUCCACUCAAGCCUAUGGAGCCUCAAGCUUGGGCUUCAACUCCACUGCUGAUUGCUUGGAUUACAAAGACCAAACAGCCUCUUGGAAGCUAAACUUCAAUGCUGACUGCUUGGAUUAUAAGGACCAGACCUCAUCUUGGAAGUUCCAGGUUUUGUGAAACCCAUUUUAGCAAGUGGGGAACUUUUUCUUGGUGACAAAUACAUUUGGACAUUCCAGAUCCUCGCCAGGUCUUUGGCUAAAGAACACAAAAGACAUUGUUUUUCUUGUCCACAAAUCCCCUUGCUGGCAAGUACUGGAGUGGAUCUCAACAAACUUCUCAAGUCUUGGAGAAAAAAAAAACAAAGACACCUAUUUAUGUCUUGAUACAGUUGUGAUCACCAUAGUUUUUAGCAAAGUGUUGGAUAAAAGUUUGAAAUGAAGUCCAUUCUAGCUCAGGCAGUUACUUAAGUCCAGGCUCAGGGGCUUGUCUACACCCAGAGCGGUGCCCAGUGUUAGCCAACUUUUGGGUCUACCAAUGGAAUGGCCACGUGACUACUAGAUGGCACUGAACAUUUCAGGGCUGAGUGAAUUUGUGCGUUACUGAUUGUCAUAGAUGCACUACUUUAUUUAAAGAAACAAAAACAAAAUAAUAAUAAUAAUAAUGUUUAUAAGGAGUCAUUAUGUAGUUUUUAAAAAGACAAUCAGUGUGUGUCUUCUAUCAAUGGUAAAUCUGUGUUUUUUUUUUAAUCUGUGCUAGACUUUAAAGCUGUGAUCUCCUGUAUUAUAUGCAACUGUGAACUCCAAAACACAAGGAGUUCUGCUGUGAUUCAAUAGAUUCUAAGUAACAUCCCCAGUUCAGAGAGAACCUAUUUAUCAUUCAAAAAGAGUGUCUUUGCCAUGGAUGAACUGAAAAGAAAGUUUGUAUAUUCUUAAAUAUUUUCCCUCAAGGUAUAAUUGGAUAUCAAAUUUGAAAAAGCAUGGAUUCUGGCUGACGAAAAAUAUCAGUUUCUUUAAAAAAAAUAAAGACUUUGGUUAAUAUUUGACCCUAUUAGAUUAUGGAAAAUCAUUGGCGUUUAUUCUUGACUAUGUGAAGGAAGAUCUACCUAAGUAUAUAUGAUGCAUAGAACUCUUUUUUAUUCAUUUUUGGAUCUGGCAAACAUGUAUGAUUCUAUUAAAAUGGCUCUAGCACAAU